GCAACCAUUCCUUAACAUUUAUCUACUGAAAACUUGUUAGAACUUAAGAUGUUUCGCUUGCAUGAUUCAUGAAAAGCGCAUUGACUUCAUAGUUUUGGGCUGACUUGUUGAUGUUUCAUGAAAAAGUCAACUAGUACGACUUUAAACUCUAGGCUUAAUUUAUAUGACUUCAAGCAGUGGAUCUGGAGGAAAGUCUCCCAAAAAGCUUCGUGAAGUAGUCAAUUCAAGCAAGGUAGGAAAAGUAUCCAUACUUCGUUUUACUGACCGAGCUUUGAAUUGCUUUAAAAGAAUUAAUAUUUUUUUGUUGCCGUUUGCAUUGAAGCUAAAAAAGUUUAUGUUGUGGUAAAAGGAAAUAUUGAAUACAAUGCAAGGCUGAUCGGAAAGCUAAGAAUGGUCAAUACAUCGCUUAUUUUUAUCCCGCCAGAGUGUCUUGGCAAGCGAAAGUAUUCAGAGCUUAUCAUAGUGGUUAAAAUUAUAUUCCAGGUUAAAAUGUUUGAACCUACUAGGUUGAGUCUCAGUUUCCUUUUGUCUUCUAGCCCUUAUUCAUAAAUAAUUAGGGCUAGGAGACAAAGGAAAUAGAAAAUCAACCUAGUUUAAGAACUUUUAACCUGAAUUUAAUUUUGACCUGUAACAUUUUACACCAUAAAUGUGAAUUUUUCUAACAUCUUUGUAUGGUUUAUGGGAGGGGUAGGACAGUUAAUAUGGGCUCAGAUAGUUGUUGGGGUUUGACUUAUUAAAGGGUGCUUAUCAAGUCAGUACUGGUCGGCUGGACUAGUCAGCUUGGGGGCAGAAUAAACCUUUAUUCAAGGUUUUUUGCUGAAAAUCCAACACUGUCGUGUGUAAGUUUUGUUUAGGAAUAUAAUGAUCAGGCCAGACAGUCUUUAUAGUGGAAUUCUCUUUUAGAGUGGACUGGCCUGGAAAACAUGCUUUCAAUGUUGCAAAUCUCAGUUUCAGCAAUUUUCAUGCUAACUGACUGAAAACCAACCCAAAAAGGAGGUCCUCUUGGGAGGGGGUGGGGGUGGGGACGGUGGGGUACAUAUGUCCCUAGUCUGAAUUUUAAACCUGUCGUUUCACAUAUUGAGGAGGAAGCCACGUUGCUGUUGGUAUGUUACUAUUGUAUUUGUACUUUUCUUUGUUGCUGUCGCAGUUUCUACCCAUCUUUGUGUCAUUUUUUGCCAUUUCUGUUGUCCUGUGUUGCUGUUUCAAGGCCAUGUCGCUUGUCCACAUUUUAGCCUAACAGGGCCUCAAAAAGGACCUUGUGCAAUACUGUAACUAGAUGAAUAAAAUAAUACUUACAAAUCAAGACUUACAGUAACCUUUGUUGAACUUUUCUUUUGUUUUUAGUAUGAAUGUAUGGAUGUCCCAGAAGAAAUGAAAGCAAACUUGGAAAAGCUAAGGGCAUUGUCAAAAGAUGAUUUAACAGAAAAUGGACUGUUGCGUUCUCGUAUUGAUCAGCAGUGUGAACUUAUAUGCAUUCUAAAGCAGCGUGCAGAUGAAUCUCUUAAAAGGUCCAUGACACUGGAAGGUGAAAACACUGAAAUUAAAAAACACAGGGAUGAAAUAUUGACUGCUUUACACAAUGAGACAAGAAAGUAUUCUGUUUUGGAGAAGCGAUUUGUUGUUCUAAAUCAGAAUCAUGAGGAACUCAUCAAAAUCAAAGAUGAUUACAAAAUAGAAAAUGGAAAGCUGCGAAUUGAAAAUGACCGUCUCAAAAAGGAAAAUGAAGACUUGUUUGGCAGCCUUGUGGCAGAACGUGACUUGCAGAUCAAGCAACUUAGAGAGGAAGUGAAAACCUUCCAAGAGAAAUACCAAGUUGCUACCACAAAAGAAAGGUUGGUAGGCAGUAACAUCAAUAUAAAUGUGGCUAGGAAUAGAAGCAGAUCUACUGUUUAGUAUUUUAGAAACAAUAAUCUACCAAUCAAUCUACAGUCAAAGCUCUCCUUGCGACCACUCUAGUAAGUGACCAGCUCUAGUUAUGACCACCUUUGUGAAACUGAACUGUGACUUAAACUUUGUAAUGAAAAGCUCUUGCAAGUGACUGCUCUAGUUGGCGACUGUGACCACUUUUAGGGUUACCCGACCGGAAUUUUCCUAUGUUUGUAAGUUCUUGUAAGUGACCACUCAGAGUCUCAAUCAUACAAACCAACACUUGAAUGAAACUGCACAGUGUGCUAAUGGUUCAUUGAUAAAGAUCUUGGGGUUAUUUUGGUCUAACAAAUUAGACGUAAAAUUUAGCCGUGUCUAUAUUAGCUCAGCAAACAUUACUUUCUUUUGUUUGUCUUUAUGAAUUAUUAGUUUAAAAAAUAAUAUGACUCUAUGGGGUAGUUCGACAAUUGCAUGAGUCUGUGAUGGAGGUCAGUGAAUGCCCAUUUUGACAGCUGUUAAUAAAUUGAAUUGAUAUGCCCCAGGUUGAAUAUAUAAAUCUAAGUUAUUGACAAAUGUCACAUUUUGCUCUCGCACAAUUGAAUUUAACUUAACCAUGAGACUUACAUUAUUUUUUUUUUCUUUGUCAUUUUAUUUGUUUGUUUGUUUGUUUGUUUGUUUGUUGUUUAAUUGCCUUAGUAAUGCAACUUCGAUUUUCCUUGAUUGUUUAGAGCCUCAGUACUGGGAAAACUGUAUGUGCUUAUUUUUCUUACAAUUAGUCCUAUUUUCAUCACUUUCACUGAGUUAAAAUCAGAAUGUCAUCAUGACAGAAAGAAUUGUUUUGUCUGUUAGUCAAGAAUUAGCUUUAUUUAGUUCAUUAAUAGAUGAUGUAUGUCUCCUCUAAUUAGGGUGGCUCUGGAACAUCUCUCGUCUCUUGAGAAGAAGUACCAUGAGCAGGCUAAUAAGCUUCAGAAAGAAAUUGCAAAUUUGCAGAAAAAUGCAGAAGGUUAGUUAUAAAUUAACAUGAUUGUCACCAUAUUGGUUUAAUUUCCACAACCUUUGUCUUACCUUUUUCCCCAUGACUGUGUACAUCUGGGUGGAGAGCAUAACCUAAUGGAGUAAACUUUCUUGCUUAGCAAAACAAUGUGACAGCAAGGCUUAACCACAGCAGGAUUAAUAGCUCAGUGGGUAUAGCCUGUUCCAGGCUCCGAGAUAGUCGGGCUGGCAGAAUUGAGAAAGCGCGAAUAAGAAAAAAAAAUAGGAGGAAACUUUUCCUUUUUUUCCCGCCCCGCCCCCAUUUUCGCACGCCCUACACUCUCGCAUCUUCCCCACUAUCUGUGAACCUGGAACAGGCUGAAUGGGUAAAGCUCUUGACUGCAAAGCGGGAUGUCAUGGGUCCGAUCUUCAGAGCUGAACCAAUACUGGGUCUUAAAGGUGAUGUUACACAAAACAAUUCGCAACAACGAUUUUUAGCACAACACAGCAUUGCAUCAUUGUUGUAACGUUGUUUCAAAUUGUUACAACAUUGUUCCAACAUUGCAAUGCCGUAUUGCGCUAAAAAUCGUUGUCGCUAAUUGUCCUGUGUAACAUCACCUUAAAUUAAUAACUGAGAAAUGAAGGUACUGCCUUUGCCCUACAAAUGGCUAGCCCUCUCCAGAUCUGGGUAGUGACAUGUCAUCAGUAUGGAAUUUCUGCACUCGUUUCUCAAACAUCGUUUUGUGGGGAAACAAGGUGUCCCUUGUAGAAAUUAAGUAUACUUUAAGUAUACUUCAAGUAUACUUUAUAUGUACUUCUCAGAAAAAAAGUACAUUUGAAGUAUACCUCGUUUGUACUUCCAGAAAAAAAGUAUAAAUGAAGUAUAUUUGGCAAAUGUACUUCAUUUAUACUUCAAAUACUUAAGUAUACUUUAAGUAUACUUCUUCAAACUUCAGUGCUUGUGAAAAAUAGUUUCGCAAAGAAAAGUGUACUUUAAGUAUACUUUGAAACUUAAAGACACAUUCUGAUCUGAGGAUCUAAGAAGGUUUGUCCGGAUCUUGAAAUCACUACAAGACAAAAGUAUACUAAAAGUAUGUUUUAAGUAUAAUUUAACUUCAAAAUACUAUUCAGAUCAAAUCAGUUUUCUUCUAUUAAGGACACAGUUGAGAUCAUGUAAAGAUUUCUUCCGAGUGGUGAAGUAUAUAACAGGUUUCUAGAUACACAGGGCACACAUUAGCUGUUCAGUCGACUUCCUUCGUAAGAAGAUCAUCCGCCGAUCCCUGGGCGAAAUGGCAAAGUCGCACAGUUUCAUUCUGGUCAUUUCUUUAACGUCUUUCGUGGAAUUUUUGUAAGGCCCGUGUCGUUUUACCUCCUUUUUUACGAGGACCUUAAGAAAUAGAACGAGAACUCGAAGCAAAACCAUUGCUCAUCGUCGGACAUCUUUACGUUCGAGGAAAGAAAUGCAUAUAUGAAGGUGUUGAAUUACCGCUGACUUCCAGUACCGUCGCAAAAUAUACGGGAUCUUGUGGAUUUCCUAAUACGGUCAUGUAUGAAUCAUUUACAGCAUACCUAACUUCCAUAUAUGGUUUUGGCGGGCGAUACAGUUUCGAAGGAACGUUCGUUGAGCUUUGCAGAGAGUGUCUUCAAGAUAUUUAUACUCUUGGAAUAUUGCCUUUAAUUUAUCUUCACAAUUCGAGCACAAUAUGAGUGGAACUUGAAAAGAAAACAAAAGAAGUACACCAUGACUGAAUUUUGACGAUACAAGUAAGUUUUGGGGUGAAAAAUGUAUCGGUUCCAGUCGUUUCAAUAUAUAUCGAUUCUUCUUUGCAAAUGACACACGAGUUGAGCCUUAAGGUUUACAAAGUAAAAGCUUGUUUACUUCGCCUAAUGUGCAGUGUAAAUUCAAAAUAUAAAACCCAAGUCUUGUUUUCGUUAGAUCGCAUUUCGUUCCAGUUUUUGUACGUAAUAGGUAGACAUAUUUCUUUAAUAAGGUAAUGGCACAAUUUACUUUGUGGCCAAAGAGUACAGAUCUAAUCAUUCUUGUCUAUUAAACAUUUACUAAAAUUAAGAAGAAUAUUGUGUGAUGGUUCUAAGCAAUAAUUAUUAAGUACAAGUGAGUUAAAGAAAGUUCAGAAAGAAACCUGUUAAUAUACAUGCACCUUCCUUGAAAUGUUCUCAUUGCCAAUGAAAAUUUUACUAAAAUCAAGAAGAAUAAUAUAUUAUGGUAAUCAAAUGCAGUGAGUUCCUUUGAUAAGAAUAGAAAAUGUAUAUUUUUAUGUUGUGGAAACCUAUUCCAACAAGAUUUGCUAUAUAUUUUUUUAUGUUUUCUUAGUACAUUUGUAUUGCUUUUUUUGUUAUAUCAAUAAAUGAUUUUACAAUAUAAUUGAUCCCAGUCUGACGUGUCUCAGUGAUUGAUAAACAUAUUGCAUUGAGUAUACUUUAAGUAUAUUUUAAGUAUACUUGAAGUAUACUUCCCAUUAAGUAUACUUCAAGUAUACUUUCAUUUAAGUAUACUUUAAGUAUACUUUUUAGGUGUCGAAAAGUUGUGUACUUAAAGUAUACUUCUGGUAAGUAUACUUAAAGUAUACUUUAAGUACAAAUGAAGUAUACUUUUUAAAGUGUUUAUCACCUAUAUAAAGUAUACUUUAAAUGUACUGAAUUUCUACAAGGGAAGUAUACUUUAAAUGUACUGAAUUUCUACAAGGGGUGGCAUCGCAAAAUGUUGGCUGUUUUGUCUGACGAGACCGUCUUUCAUGUGGCUCAUAUGACCAUGUAAAACGGCAGUCCUGUCUCCAGUAGUAAACAUAAAAAUAGUAUCCUCAAUUAGUACUUUUGUGCUAAAUACAUUGACAGUUAAAAAAAUGUUUUUUUAUUACAUUUUCUCUAACAAUAUUGUGCUAAAACAUUUUGCUCAUUACCCAGCACUAUUGGUCAUCUCGUCACUUUUUAAAUUCUCAAUGCUAUCACAUUUUAGUUUGGCACUUAACUAGUAUUAGUGGUAUUAGACACUCAAAGUGUAUUUCCCCUUUUUUUUCUAAACCCGGACCUACAGAUUCAAACUUCAAGGCACGAACUGUUCAGCCACCAUGCUUCCUUAUCAAGCAUGCAAAAAUAUGGAUGUUUAAGAAAUAAGAACCUGCAAAACUUAAGCCUUCCGCACAAAAAAUUAUUUUGGCUUGUCACGCAAUCCAAUGCAUUACGAAGCCCAAGGACGUCUGCAUGGGAGGAUAGUAGCCUGGGGCCAGGCUCUGCAGUUUAAUGCUUUUUUAUGCUGCUUCACUCAGUUUUUCUCCACACAGCAGAACCUAGUCCAAUGCUAGGAGGCUAGCAAAAACUUCAGAGUUACAUGUUACUCAUUUAGGUCCGUGUUCAAAAAUGCUGACAAUUAAGAGGAGUGUUUUUGUCCCGAUGCUUGAAAGUAUGAACGUACAAAUGAUUUAUUUGUUGCGUUUUACUCACAGAGCAGCAUAAGCAAGCAGAAGAGAAGUACAGAAUGUCUACUUCUGAAAAAGAAGAAAAUAAAGCCAAAGAACUGGCACUGAAGAAGGAAAGAGAUGAGUUUGCAACUCUUGCAUUGGAAAGGGGAAAAGCUCUUGAAGUAAGUCAAGUCAGUUGUUAUGCUUUUGAGAAGAAGCUGCACUUUGGUGCACAAGACUGUAUGGUGUGCGCCAAUAAUGUAAUUAGCUAAUACUAUUAAUGGAAAAUCUCGUUUGCUUUACAGGCUAGAAAAAAAAAAAUUAGAACUCUAUAUUAACUCAAUAAUGCACCAGUAAGAAUAAUAUUUUUACUUCUUUUUAUGAAUUGUCCAGUGACUUGGUUUCAGUUUCAGUUCAUUGAUUUGCCGGUAAAAAAAGUACAGUCAUUCAAUACAUUGCAAAAUAAUAGUUAAACCGUAGGGGCUUAUUACUGUGAUCUCCCUCCGUAGCUUAAGACUAUAAGGGACACAGGUAGGCUACUGUUUUGGGUGAUGAUUUAUGAACACAAGAGUGGUGCUAAGAGAAGAGACAAGAGAGCGCUGCCUUCUAAUUCUGAAUCUCGAGUAUACUCAUUACUCCAAUAUGUGAGUGGAACAAGUUUCUUAUUCAGUCAGCUUUAAAAGUGCAAUGAUUUGCCCUCGCUCUGGACACGUGCUAGCCUGUUCCAGGCUCUCAGAUAGUGGGGAAGACGCGAAAGAAAAAGGCACGCGAAAAGUUGCCCAGUUUCCUCCCGUUUACUUUCCUCUUCGCUCUUUCUCAAUUCAGCGGGCCGAACUAUCUCGGAGCCUGGAACAGGCUAGACACGUGCUAAAUGAGAAUCCAUCCAAUCCCAGGAUGCUCAUUUUCACAAAUAUCUGUAAAACUGUAUAUGUUCUUCAUACGUUGCAGGAAAAGCAAAGAGAAAUCAAAGAACUUUGCCGUAAACUAGAAGAAGCUGAAAAAUCUCUAAAAGAAACGGAGGAUAAAUUUGUGUAAGUGUUAUUAUUCUUGCUUGUGACGAAAAUUAUGUUAAGGAGUACAAAAAAAGAAACAAUGAAACAUCCCGUUUUCCCCUAUGUAGAUACUGAACAAGAUAACCAAGAAACAUGUAACAAUCAUAAGGCUCUUGAUAAAAUUUGUUAAAUAUAUAUGUGUCAGAUCAAAAAAUAGAAGCGACUUUCCCCUUUCUCUCUUUUCCCUUCCAUUACUUCUCGCCUACAAUCUGCGCUCUUUCCCGUCAUCCUUCACCCGCACUUCUCUCUAGUCUCCAGCAACCCUCUUUAAAAUCAGUGCUCCCCGCCAAGCCCUGGGUAACUGCCAUGGAGAGGGCAGAGAAUGAUGUAGUAGAGUAACUUUUCGAAACUUUUCGGUAUUUCUUUUCUCCAUAGGUGGUGCUGAAACCGGGCGUAGCAAGUAAUCCUUGCAUUGCUGAGCAGCAAAGCCGCGAUAAAAAUAAAAACCACGUCCCCUUGCCCACCUUAACUUGUUUGCGCGCUCGACAAAACUGCCAUGUGACGCAGGCUAAUCUUUGUGUGUUUGUUUGACACCGUGUCAUCUUUAAAUUUCUGCAGGUCUGAACUUCAAAACAUGUCAGUAAAUGCUCAGGUUUUAAGAUUAAAGAAGCGAUUAGAAGAUGCUGAGCGAAAACAAAAAGAAAGUGAAAAGGUACUUUUACAUUUAGUGACUCGUACCAAAGCGGACACUUUAACAAGGAAAAGUGCCACAGGUCUACUUCAUAGGGGAUAGUAGCCUGCAUGGCAGGCGCAAAAAGGGGAAGGGGAGGGGGGAAGGAGAAAGGGAAAAGGGAAGGGAGCUCCUCUCCCCAAUCCGCCUCCCAUUUUUACCUUCCUCCCUAUCCCCUACCCCCUACCCCUUUCGACGCCUGCCACGCAGGCUAAGGGGAUAGAAUCCUGCGCGCAGAAACUGUGUGUCCUUGCUAGCCUAUUUAACGUCUGUUAUGCAGGCUUUAUACUUGCUCUGAGUAAGAUUUAUUUUGGAUAGUCACAGUCGCUGAAAUAGGGUUUCGUCCCGGACUCAAAAGCCUCUAAGCUUGGAGCCUCCUUCUAUAGCAUAUUACUAACGGCGCUACACGAAAGUACUGCUCAGUAGCUUUUUAUUGAUUGAUAACCNAGGGGGGGGGGGAGGGGGGAGGGAGAAAGGGAAAAGGGAAGGGAGCUCCUCUCCCCAAUCCUCCUCCCAUUUUUCCCUUCCUCCCUAUCCCCUACCCCCUACCCCUUUCGACGCCUGCUACGCAGGCUAAGGGGAUAGAAUCCAGCGCGAAGAAACUGUGUGUCCUUGCUCGACUAAUUAACGUCUGUUAUGCAGGCUUUAUACUUGCUCUCAGUAAGCUUUAUUUUGGAUAGUCACAGUCGCUGAAAUAGGGUUUCGUCCCGGACUCAAAAGCCUCUAAGCUUGGAGCCUCCUUCUAUAGCAUAUUACUAACGGCGCUACACGAAAGUACUGCUCAGUAGCUUUUUAUUGAUUGAUAACCAUAGUUCAGGAUUUCAUAAACAGACUUGAAAGUUAUACAGCAUUAUAAACAGUACCACCAGAAAGACAUAACUGCUUAGUACGUAUCCAUUUAAAAUGGCCACACCAUAGCAUUUUGGCGACAUCCACGGAUAGCGAACUAUCUCGUAUUAUAAACAGUAGGUGGUACCAAGGACUUAAAACACCUUCAUCUAGCCUACUUAACAUUACCAUAGGAAAUUAAGUACUACUUAAUAACCUUCAUUCAAAUGCUCACACUUUAGGGUUUUCUCCACAGACCAAAAAGUGGUUAGGCUGCGCGCAAGUUUCCUCUUGCUUGGCUAUCGUAAACUUUCAGCAAAAAGAUUUUACGUCUAACAUGUAAUGAUGCCCCGCUGCUCGACUCUAAAGGAGCAUUGUACAGUACGGAAUCAUACUUAUCCUCUGCGUUUUUUUUUUUUACAGGAAUAUGAUGCUUACAAGAGGCACAUGUCGACCUUGCUGGGAAAAGAGAAAGAACUGAAUAAUAAACUCCGAAUUUUGAUUGGUUAA